AUGGCGGCUGUGCCGUGCUCCAAGUGCACGGCAGAAAGGAAGGGGUUUCGGCGGGAACUUGACUCUUGGCGAUACAAGCUAAUACACUGCGUCGGGUUUGAAAGCAUCCUAGAAGGUAUAUAUGGUUCUAUGCUUAAAAGAGACCUCAGCUUUUUUGAUGACUGUGAACCCGACGAGGUGGCUGACUGGUCUCCAGAGGUAAACAGCUCUCACUGCUCAUUCUGCAACCUUCCUCUGGAGAAACUCAUUGAUCAAGCUCCUGCAACCGCAUCGCCCCUCUCCUCCCCCUCUGAUUUCUCUCCAUGUCAAGCUCCAGUCAUCUCUGAGAGCUGUAAGACAGCUCACAAGUUCCUUCAAGCUGUUUUCCACAAGAAAGAUGUGUCUCAAUGCUGUGAUGCCAACAUUCCUCGGAUUGCCCAGGAGUUGAUGAAGAAAAUGAUCCACCAGUUCGCUAUGGAGUAUGCGUCCAAGUGCUUGCUCCACACCACUUCAACAGAGAUUACAAGGACCUCCACGCCUUUUUCUGAAGCAGCAGAUGCCCCCUUGGACCUGACCGUAAGCCAAACUCUGGGAGAAACAGAAAGGGUAUCUGAACCAGAUGGCGUGCUUGACCUUUCCAAAAAGAACACUGCCUGCUCAACUUCAUCAACAUCAUUAUCCGAUGUCAGAGCCUCAGGGAGGCAGCUCAGGCAGAAGGAGUACAUUGAGAGGAGUUUGGAGCUGUCCGAGGGGCUGCUGUCCAAGGCCUUGAAAGACAUUCGCUCAGGAAGGCUGCAAGAGCAGCGUGCUGCAUUGCUCUAUGGAAUUCCCCUUAGCACGCUGAGGCGAGGUCUGGAAGACUGGUCAGAAGAAACCUCUCACCAAGUGUCACAAAGCAACAGAGAUUUCAGGGAGGAAUUGACAUCCUACAACAUGAUGUCAUCGAUGCUUGGCGGUGAAGCUCGUCUCGUUCUUCAGAAGGUGGCGGCGUGGGCCGAGCGGGCUGAAAUUGGAGGAGACUCGGAGGAGAACGGAGAGCUCACUUUCCCUCCACCUUCUCUUCCCUUUUCUCAGCCAUGUAGUCUUAAGAAGAGCAUACCCCACUCUUUUUCCCAGCUCAGGGAUGCUCUCCAGCCCCCUCCAAGCCCCACUCCCAGUCUCGAGGCCCCCGCGCCCCUUCGUAUCCCUCAGGUCCGUUCCAUGUCCAGUCAUAGCAGGUUAGCCCCAGCCGAGAUUCACAUGGCAACUGAAAACCGCCGUACCUCACCACCAGACGGUGCUGCCAAUUUGACAACUACUGCCAGACUUUCGCCUUUCUUCAAACUCAGAUCACCUUUCCUGGCACAUGGCUGUGCAGGGAGUGCCAACCAGUCACCUCUUCGCCUGAUACAACGCAGCUCCUCAUUGGAUGAUUCAGAGGAGGGAGCAGACCGCCGCGACAAAGACAAGCCACCAAGAAAGAAACGUGGGAGAUACCGCCAGUAUGACCACGAACUAAUGGAGGAAGCCAUCGCUAUGGUGACGGCCGGCCGCAUGAGCGUAUCCAAGGCCCAAGGAGUUUACGGGGUACCCCAUAGCACACUUGAAUACAAAGUAAAAGAGCGCACUGGAACACUGAAAAAUCCCCCCAAGAAGAAAUCUGCCAUUUUUUGCUCAGCCAGUUCCAAUUUGUCUGCUCCUGGAACCUUUACCGGUUCCACUAACUCAGGGACUCUUGCCUCACCUGCUGCUGUAAAAAUGUUCUAG